AUGGACACCGGGAUCGUGAUCAGCGACCCCAAGGAGAAACAAUAUUUCAAUAAAGAAUUGUGCUUUUCACAAAGUCGGGAAGGUUUUGGUCCUACCGACCAGGAAUGGGGAUUUGUUACUGUGAGGGAGAAUGCCCAUAUAUUUUGGUGGCUACAUUAUACUACUGCAGAUGCACCUGCUGUUGAAAGGCCACUGGUUAUUUGGCUUCAAGGAGGACCAGGAGGUUCCUCGACUGGAUUCGGAAAUUUUGGUGAACUGGGACCCUUAGACGAAAAUUUAAAUGUAAGGAAUACUAGCUGGGAUCGAGACGUUAAUGUUCUCUUUGUUGAUAAUCCUGUGGGAACAGGAUACAGUUACGUAGAUAUACGUGAUGCUCUUACAACAACCAACAGACAAAUAGCUGAAGACUUUGUUGAAUUUCUCAAAGGAUUUUAUCAAGCUGUACCAAGUUUCAAAGAAGUACCAGUUUACAUAUUUUGUGAAUCCUAUGGGGGGAAAAUGACUGCAGAAAUUGCAUUAGUACUUUAUCAGGAAAUUCAAAAGGGCAACAUCGAGUCUAAGUUGAAAGGAAUAGGCCUUGGAGAUUCAUGGAUUUCACCUGUCGAUUCUGUACUUACUUGGGCGCCCUACCUAUUAAAUAUUGGAGCUGUAGACCAAAAUGGUUUUGAAGCUAUAUCACAACUGGCACAACAAACUAAAGCUGCUGUUGAUGAAGGAAAUUUUCUAGCAGCCACUGAUUUAUGGGGUCAAACUGAAAUGAGUGUUUAUCAAUACACUUAUGGAGUUGACUUCUACAAUAUACUUAGAAAAAUAUCAUCAAGUUACAAGGCACAUGAUUCUCGGAGUCGACUUCAAAAACCAGGCUUGGAAGUAAGAGAUAGUACAGAUGAUAAAAUAAAUGUGCUUAUGAACGGAAGGGUAAAAAAAGCACUAAACAUUUCUCAAACAUGGGAUUCCUCUUUUGUGUUUGAAUAUCUCGAAGAGGAUUUUAUGAAGCCAGUUACAGAUAUUGUUGAAGAAUUAUUAAAUACUACAGAUAUCAAAAUUGCAAUUUAUAAUGGACAGCUUGAUCUUAUCGUUGAUACACCAGGUACAAUGAAAUGGGUAAACAACUUAAGGUGGGAAGGAAAGGACGAGUGGGAUGCUACCAUUCGAAAUGGCUUUUCCGUUGACUAUUAUUUUGAAGGAAAUGUAAAAAAAUCUGGAAAUUUGGCAGUGUACUGGGUAGACAGAUCUGGACAUAUGUUUCCCGAAGUCACCCGAAGGCGAGUGAGGUGUCUAGAUCAGGGUAAUUUGAGCCAAGAAAGCGUUUCCGACCACUCCCGAGAAGAUCCGACCAUUAACAAAGGAGAUACGGUAGCCAACAUUGCCAUAUCGAAGAAUUUUCGAAUUCUGAGGGUAGAGAGGUAUCCAUAA